AUGGACGCCGUCCUGCACUCGCGCGACCUCCUCGACGUCGUCUUUGCGUACCAAGACGGCUGGUACAAGGAGCAGCUCGAGCUCAUCGUCUCGCUGCAGCUGCGUGGCCUCGACCACCUCGUGCGCUCGGCGCAGGAGCAGCCCAUGCCUUCGAUCGACGUCGUCGCAUCCAUCCUCGAGCCGUGGAUCGCCGCCCACGGCCUGCUCGCCGUUCGCCGCGCCAUGCGCGACAUGGCCAACCUUGGCUGCAUGCUCUUCCUCUACUGCGCAUCCCGCAACGAUGCGGCGCUCUUGGCGUCGCUCCACGAGACGACCGUGCUGUCGCCCUUCGACCAGCGCCGGCUCGUGCACGCCGCUGCGACGCAUGGAGCCGUCGACGUCCUGGCGUUCCUGAGCGCCCACGCGUACGAAGGCUUUAGCGCCGACACAAUGGACACAGCAGCGGGCGCCGGCCACCUCCACAUCGUCCAGUACCUCACAAAGCAACGCAUGGACGGCUGCACGACACGCGCGAUGGACCAAGCCAUCUUCCACGGCCAUCACGAUGUCGUCGAGUGGCUCUACGCGCAUCGAACGGAAGGCUGCAGCCACAGCGGCCUUCUCUUCGCGGCCAAGCGAGGCAACGACCGCCUCGUCCGCCGCAUCAUCGCGGACGGGCGCAUGCGUCUUCUCGGGAGCGAGAUCGUCCACGCUGCGCGGUACGGGCACUUGGACCUCGUCACGUUCUUGGCCGCCUCGACGAGCGCCUGCCACCUGCAGCGUGCGCAGGACGCCGCGACGCUCAUGGGACACACGGCGGUUGCGCACUUCUUGACGACGCGCCUCGCCGUGCACUAA